CGUACUAUGUAUGAUAUGAUCCAGGCCGUCCUUUUUUCACAGCUUUCACAAGUGUAUGAUAUGAUCCGGGAAGUACAAUACUAUGAGAUUGUUCAUCAAUGAACAUGAAGAGGAGGAAGAAAAAAAAAGAUGGGUUACCAUGAGAACAAGGAUUGAAGACACACUAAACAUGCUAGUGCAAGUGAGGACCUAUUUUUCAACUCCAGAGGAGGGUCAGGGCAGUAGCGCCCUUCCUGGGAGAUCCUAAAGCCCUAGCCCCGGUCUCCAUGGAUGCAUCCUCAUCAGAAGAUGCGAGCUCUAGCUCUUCAUCUGAUGAGGUUUUUGUAUCCGAGGAUGAGCCAGAGGGCAAGGUUUCAUCAGAAGUGGAAGAAUUGACUCCGUUGGGGCAACUGGGUGGGGGGAACGAGAGAAGGAUCUCUUUGUCCUAUUUUGAGGGGAAGAAAGAGACUGGGAUUCCUCGCAACCUGAACGAAUGCCCACGGUGAGCGAGCGUACCAAUCUUGUCUCGACUUUGAAGAGGGGGAAGUCGGGAUGAUCGAAAUCAGAAGCGACCUACGGGAUCGCCUCAUCGAUCUCCUGAUGAAUGAUAGGGAUCCCCAGGUCCUCGCUGAUAGGCAGGAAAACCCCGACACAACGACUCCAAGGAUCUUUUCUCUUUUUUGCUUUCGAUGUCAUUGAAAGAAAUCUGGAUGAAUCUAGGAACCUCUUCGUCCUUCAAGCUCAAAUUCCAGAGGGGAGUUGGCUGCAAAAAAAGAUGGAAAAGAACGAUCACGUAAUAUCAAUUUCUCUUCCUCGGCUUCCAAUUGCUCGGAAAUGAUCAGCAGUUAUAUAAGGGGGGGGGGGGGGCUUGGAUGGUGAGCAAAAACAAUUGAUCAAGACAUGUAGUACUUGGAUCUGAUGUAAAUGGAUUAAGCCUCCACCCCUAAUAAGCGUUAACUUCAAUGCAUGUACCAGCCAUUGUCACAAGGUUGGGAGUUUCAACUGAUCGCAAAUGUCAGAAAAUGCCAUCAGCAAGGUUGCUGGAUAUACGAAUAAGAUCCCUACCAUGCUUUGAACAGGAUGGAUUUGUGUGGAUCAGGCCUGGAGAUGCACCUCCUGCAGCCACCCUUCCUUCUUUGAAACCUCCACCAAGAUUUGUGAUCCAUGCGGAGUUAAUGGUCUACCAUACUGUAGGAUUGUCUGCACAUUGCCAAAUAACAAUGGGGAUACCUAUUGAGCAUGGGCUGCCUAUAGACAAUCUUUUGGAUAUUGCACAUGCACCAUUCACUCACACAUCUACCUUUGCAAAAGGAUGCAGCGUACCAAGGUGCACUGACCUUUGCAGCCUAGUGAAGUUCCUAACACCAGAAAAUGGACUACAAGGGCAUUGGGACCCAUAUCCAAUUGACAUGGAGUUCGGGCCACCUUGUAUGGUAAUAUCAGCCAUCGGAAUUUCUAAGCCAGGGAGCUUAGAGGGACAGAACACGAGGCAGUGCUCCACCCAUCUACAUCAACUCCACGUGUGUCUUCCUUCAACAAGGCAGAAAACAAGACUUUUAUAUAGGAUGUCUUUUGAUUUUGCUCCAUUUCUCCAACACCUCCCCUUCAUGCAAAUUCUGUGGAGGCAUUUUGCAGAAAAGCCCUCAACCACCACGAUCGCUGCUCGCUCUCCUGUCGGCGCUCGCUUUCCAUCGGCGACCUCCUCCACCACCACCGUCGUGUUUCGAAGAGAACACCAGAGCGACGGGGCGCUGUCAGAGAAGAAAGAGGAAGAAGAAAAAGAACAUGGUCGCUGAUUCUUUUGAGUCUUUGUGGAUGUUGGGUUUCUCGUAAGAGCGGCAGCCGCAUAUAGGGAGGCAUAUAGGGAUCGUGUGACCCUAGACAGCAUUCCGGAUCACUCUCUCCAUCCACCUCACCGCUCGUCGGAGUAGCAGAUCGAUCAUCGUGCCUCUCGCCUCCCUACCGUUUGGACCUCAUAUCUGAUCAACGUUGCUCUCCUUCCUAUCGUUGUUCUAACUGACGCUUUCUAAGGGGGAAAGACGACUUUGAGCCGCAGCCGUCGAUAGACUCGUUGGACGACGGGUGCCAUAUGCACAUCUUCAGUUUCUUACCUCCGCUCUCUGAUACACAUGAAAUUUCACUGUUGAACACCGAAGGAUACUCUGUUGCAGCAAGCUUAGCGAUAAGGGGAAAGCACAAUAUCAGAUCCAGUUGGUUGUUAAUAGCUAAAGGUUUGUUGCUUUGCAGCUCAGGUAUGCAUACAGUAAUCUCACUACUUGAAUAUUACAAUGUUCACAUAUUUCCAGGAUAGUUACAAGUCCAUCUGAUUCUCUUCUCAUUGAACUUCAAUAAGGUUGGUUCUUUUGCUUUUCCUGCUUUCUAACUUAAAUUUUUUCUUGAAAAGUUGAUAUUUCAUCUAAAAUUGUUCUUCUAGGUGACCAUUGAUGUGUAUUUAAAGUAGACCAUUGAUGUAGAUGUAUAGUAGACCAUUGAUCUAGAUUUACAGUAGACCCAAAUUCUAGUUUUUUGGGUUUAGAUAAUUCCCAAUAAUCCAACUCUUCUGUCUCUACUUUCUACGGAAAGUUGAAAACUACCCCAUAGUAUCGAACCUUCCUUUUUUGUCUAGUUUUGGUAAAUUAUGCACUUUAGGUGGUCUCGAAACUAUUUUGAAGGUAAUCAAAUGCGAUAAGGAGCAGUAAGUAAAGUAGCUCACCAAACGUCAGGUGCCCAAAACGAAACAUAUAAUUAUUAGUCAUAAAACAUUGAUUUUCCUGUUAAAAGAAAGCAUGAAAUGCUUCUAAAUCUUGUUUGAAGGCACCUCGACCACAGCACAUUUAUCCUUUUAGUUUGAGGGAAGUUCCCAGCAGGCAGCAAUAAUUCUGCCAGACCUUACUGUAUGGUGGUUGGAGUUCACUUUGGCGCUCCUUUCAUGAGCCAAGCCUGUCAAAUAAUAUGGUCGAAGGCUCAUUUUUCAUAAGAGAUAAUUAUAGCUCAGCUCGGCGAGCCCCCAUCACAAUGCUUGAAUGUCGUUCAUUCAAGUUAACUGGGGUCUUGUGCAAAUCUGAGAACAGUUUGUCUUGUUUACAAGGCCUACCAGCAGAUCCCUGAAGCUUCUUCCAAGGAUGUCAUAGAUCUAUAGUACAUCUAAAUACCUCAAAUGUGAUUAAAACAUUGUCAUAUAAUAGGCAUUCCUUUUUAGAAAAAAAUAUGUUUUUUAUACGUUACAAAUAAGUUCCGAAGAGGACUGCAACAAAACCUAUUUUCUGGAAAAAAAGAACCAAAACAAAAAGAAGGCAAAAAAAAAAGUGUUUUUUGGUGUCGUUUUGCAAUCAUUAGGCUUUCUUUUUUUUGUUUUCCAUCGUUGUGUUUUUAAGGGCUUUUAUUUUAUGUGACCGGAAAAGGGUGUUUUCGUUUUCUGGUGACCGUUUUCGAGCUUACACUUUGUUCCAAGAAUGAAAGCCAACAAGGUUUUGUUUUAAGAGAAUUUGGCAGCAGAACAGUAUUUCAGACAUGAGCGGAUAGUGCAUGAUUUGCCAUAAUUCAAAUUCUUUUAUAAGGACGAUUUGUAAAUCGCAAACGCAGGCGGUUUUGUGGUGAGGUUGAGUAAAUUUUCGAGAAAUCUUUGCUUUGAAUGUGCGAUUAGGAGCUUGGCAUCACACUUGAGACGUUUUGCUGUUCAAGCUCUGUUUUAAGUUCUCUCGGUCAUUAGUGAAAUGGGUUUAGAACGACAGGUUUUGGAUUUUUUUUUUUUGCUGACAUGAAACUAAAAUACAUCUGAUUGUAGCUUCAGAAUAAGCGUUUUUUGAAAUAGUUCUGAUGCAAAAAUGAGGGUCUGACUAAUUGGAGCAUUACUUGCUUAUUGCGUUUUUUUGAAAUAGUUCUGAUGCAAAAAUGAGGGUCUGACUAGCAGGAGCAUUACAUGCUUAUAUUCUGAAUCUUCACCUUGACAGCAGUUUCAGGUGCAGUUUUCACUUCAGUAUCAUUGGAGUCGUCACCAAUGUUUGUUAGCAGCAUCUUGUUAGUGGGUUUCUGUAAGUGAGAAAACCACUUCAAUGCUCGACAGAGGAUAACCUUGUAGACAGCUCUUAUGCAUCUUAUGGCAGAUCUUUCAUAUGUGUGUGUGUGUAUAUAUAUAUAUGGUUUCAUACUGUAAUUGUUAGGGUAGAGAUUUUUUCUUUUUGCUGGUCAAAAUUGUUCAGUUUUCAUUUAGAAUGGUGCACCCUUGAUAACUUCAGGUACUUACAUCCAAAUUGUUGUUCUAUGUUUUCUUACAGCUAUAUACAAAUCAGUAUCAAAACCUUGAUUUUUCACCUGUAGCUGUAAAGUUUGCAUGGGAAGCUCUUUAUAAGACACUUGUAUCCAAAUUAUUGUUCUAUCAAUUC